GGACGGACUUAUCUGAUAUUUUUGACAGUAUGGGGAGAUAUGCAAGGAAAAAACAACACAAAGGCGAUAAACCUCUAAAAGAGAAAUAUCGGACAAAGCGAAAAACGAAAGACUGGGAUCAGAUAGACGAAGAUUUGAAGCCAGGGAACGCCGAAAAGUUGUUAAAUCAGGAAACGGAUUUUGACAAGCCAGGAGCUGGAAAGUUUUAUUGUUUACAUUGCGCGAAGUACUUCAUCGACACACAUGCUAUAAAAGAGCAUUUUAGAAGCAAGCCACAUAAAAGAAGGUUAAAAGCCUUGGAGUUGGAGCCAUACACAAUACAAGAGGCAGAAAGGGCUGCGGGAAUGGGGUCAUAUGUAGCACCUAAGAAAAGGAAAAUGGAAACACAGUCAAUACCAGAGGAAAUGAAGACAGAUGAAGAAGGAACUUGAAACUGUGGCUGAUAUUUUGUGACAAGAAAACUGACUUUUUGAAGCUAUGAUUAUGUGACUGUGAUAAUUUAUCAAGAAUAUAUGCUUUGUCAUCCCUGGUAAUUUGUCAGAAAGAUCUUUACAGAGAGAAUUAUGGUUCUUUCCCUGCCUACAUCCUUCAUUUGAAACCCAAGUCUAUCCACAAAUUGACUUGAAAGUAUCAGUGGUUGCAAGGAGUGAUUUGAUUGGCUUACAGCAAAUGAAUGGCAGUUUGGAACAUAAAUUUCUCAUGUAAUGCAGAUAUCUACCACUUUAGGCCAAAUUUGUUUCAGAAUGGAAAUAAUAUGUUUGUUUUUAUGCAUCUACUGGAGAUUUGAUCCAAAGUUUUGUUCUUACAUUCUUCUUCGUCUUAUGUUACAAAAACAAAUAUUUCGUUAGAUUUAUUUUUGAAGAAGUAUUUCUUUUUGUGUUGUCUAAGGUGAUGAUGAAAAUAAUGAAUUUAGAUACAGUAUUAUCUAUAACUGUAGUCAGCAAUUCACUCUACCAUUUAUAAUGUUAAAAAGCAUCAAUUAUAACGUCAAAUAUUAACAUGAUUUAAUUUUACAACUGUAUUGCACUUUUUUCUUGUGACAAUCCAAUAGAUUGAAAUGCCCAGUGCUGUUGAAUUUGAAAGUUUAAACAAAGUUACCAUACGUGUAGGUAUUAUUGUUUCACUCAAUAUUAUGCUGAUGAAGAAAUUAUGAAACAUUCUUUGUACAUAAAAAGGUGUACCAAGGCCUGAAAUAAUAAAUUUUCUGAAUAGAAUUGAACACAAUAAAAUUAUCAUAAGAUGUGA